AUGGCUGUUGUUCAGCAGCAGCGGUGCAGCAAGCAGACGAGCAUCAUCCUUACCCUUCGCAUUCUGCUAUUUGUCAAGCAGCUUCGUCGACGUGUCGAGCCGCGUGUGCACAAUGGCUCAUCAAUCGACUCGGGCAGACUUGGCAUCAGGCUAUUCCGAUCGUCGGGCGAGUCGCACACGCCGGCUUCGGCUGCUCCCGCAAGUCGAAACCUGGUUGGAGACAAGGUGCAACAGAUGCUCAGCACACUCGAUGCCAAAGUCGGUGCUAGUACGGGAAACGCUUUUUCAGCGAGUGCGAGUAACAGCGCCCUCUUCCUCAAACACAGCAAUGCGGCCAUCGUCGAGGGGCGUUCCAUGAACGAAACUAUCCAGCUCUUGGCUGCCGUGCACGGCGCCAUCAACGUGCUCGCAGACUGCCGGCGGCAGUACGGCGACUCGUGGCUGCUCGCCCAAGGCGUCGAGGCAGGGCUGGUGCUCGACGACAGCUUCAUUGCCAACUACGAGCACCUGCUGCUGCGCCUGCAGACGGACGUGGUCGCGGCCCUGUCGCGCAAGGUGCUCGAGGAGCUGCUGCGGGGUGGCCACGACAAAAAGCAACGCAAGCUGCUGGGCUGGUUCGCUGAAUUCGCCGAGAAGCCGCAGGCGCUGAGCACAUCGUUCCCGUGGACGAUCAAGCCGUCGCUGGCAGUGCUGUGGGGAGUGUGCUGGAUGUUCUACGAGUGGGCGGGCCAGGGACAGGGACAGGGCGAGGAGCAGCAGCAGCAGCAGCAGAUGAACAGCGAACGAGCGCGAGUGCCGCUGGACUGUGUGCUGCAGAACAUCUCGCUGGGGUGGGAUGGCGGUCCAUCGUCCGACUAUGUCAGCCUGGGCCGGGCGCUGAUUGGCUCUCAGGCGCAGCAGGACGCAAACGCGCGGGUGCAUCUUGGGCACAGCGUGUUCCAGGCACGAAACACGGAAACCUGGGAAGCCGACUUUGCGACGACGGGCAGGCUGCCGGCCUUGGUGCAGAGUCAGGCAGGGCCCGGGGCGGCCCCAGAGGCGGUUGCAACCCCCCACGAUACUUAUUACGCCCAUGCCGCCCCCGACUACCAGCCAGUCCAGCCCGUUAAUUUGUAUUCGCCUCAUAGUCCAGGCUCUGCUGCGCCACUCACGGCCUAUCCGCACCUUGGCAAUCUCCAUCAUCCUAACCAUCCUACUCACGCUUGGCACCACUCCGCCUUGCCACCUCAACUCCCUCCGCGUCAUCUGAUUAACACUGCGCAUAAUCCGACAAUCAGAGUCAUCACCGUCCCGGACGACGACUUGUUUGCUCCGCCACAAACAGGCUUCGCGUCGCCUUCUAUAUAUCGCCAGCCUGAGGCCCCGCUCAACUUGAACUCGUCCGCCUACUACUCCUACUCCCCCUCCCCUUUCAACAUGACUGAUCUCGCUCCCACCACCGCCCCUGCUCUGCCUGCUCCCCACGAGCACAAGCGCACCUCCUCGGUCAACUCACUACUUGCCGACAUGCCUACUCCCGUUAGCCUGAGCUGUCCGCGAUCUCCCAUCAUGACUUCGCCAACCUCUGCAGAGCGCAGACAAUCACUGGCCGCCACCCCCCCAAGAUCCCACAGCAGAGCUUUGUCUGUCGACUCCUCGCAAGAUGGUGACGACGACGGAUCUCUACGGAAGAACCACAGCUAUAAGCGCGCCGAGGAGCCGCCGCGCAACCAAGACGGCAAGAUGGUCUGCAAGCACCAAGAAUGCCAGGGCGUAUCAUUUGAUCGCAAGUGCGAAUGGAGCAAACACAUGGACAAGCAUGAUCGUCCCUACAAAUGCAAUGCCAAGGGCUGCGAAAAGCUUCAGGGAUUCACUUACAGCGGUGGCCUUCUCCGCCACGAGCGAGAGGUCCACAAGAUGCACGGCGGUACGAAGAAAUCACUCUUUUGUCCGUUCCCCGACUGCAAGCGCAGCUCCGGCGCCGGCUUCACGCGGAAAGAAAAUCUCGCUGAGCACAUCCGCCGCGUCCACCGGAGAACAUCAAUGUCAGCAGACUUGCACGGACUUGUCAUUCGCCGUGACAUGGUUCGUCGCGAGAUUGAAGGCUCCCCCAUCCGUGAGUCACAUGCCCCAGAGUCACCUUACAUCCGUCCCAUGGAGUACCGCGAGGAAGAGGACCUCAGCAUGAAACGCAAGCGUGCUGCCUCUGACUCCGAAGUCUCUGAACGUGACAAUGACGAGAUGCGCUCUGAGAUCAAGCGGCUGCGACAAGAAAACGAGGAAAAGGACUCGCGGCUCAAGCAGCUCGAGCAAGCCGUCAUGGCGCUCCAGCAACAAGGCCGCAGAUAA